AUGGCCACAGCAGAAGCAGAAGGUGAAGCUGUUGCUCAACGUAUUAUACGUAUCACAGAUAUUGCUGAAGAACCACUUGGAUUUCUAGUACCUAUUAGUGGCUAUGGGAAAAUGCCACUUGUUUCACUUGAAGAUGCAGUCCAACCACUAGUUUCUAUUUUACCAGAAGUUCAAAGUCAUGCUUAUGUGGCUAAACAAAGAUGUAAGACACCUGCCGAUGAAUUAACGCAAGACGAGUCUGCUUCAAUUAUGCUCUAUACAAUGGGAUGGGAACCACUCGAUGAAUGUCUCUAUGUUGCUCUCAACCAGACAUUACGGUCACCAGAACGACAACAAAAACUCAAGCCGUGGUAUCUGUAUUUAAGACUUUUUCUUAAUGCACUUUUUCGUCUUCCACUGCUUCACAAAAUAGCAUACAGGGGUGUGAAAUUAGAUAUGAAGAAAAAAUACAUCCAAGGAGAAACAGUUGUCUGGUGGGGAUUUUCAUCUUGCACUGUUGUUCUUGAUGUUUUACAAUCGAAACUAUUUUUGGGAAAGACGGGUCCCAGGACAAUAUUCAAUAUAGAAUGUGAAUCUGCAAGAGAUAUUCGCAAACAUUCUUACUAUCCAACUGAAGAUGAAGUGUUACUGUUGGCGGGUACCCAAUUCACUGUAACUGGUUGUCUUGAUCAAGGUAGUCUUCAUAUCAUUCACCUGAAAGAAACUCAAGCACCACAUCCGCUUCUACAGCCAGUAUCAGUUGUCGCUCCUCAAUCAAAUAAUCUAUCAAUAGCAGUCGACAAUUCAAAUGAGAUCCAUUCCAAAACUUCUUUAACAUCAUCUAAAAAAGGUAAUUCAAACAGUAAUAUUCAAUCAAACGAAGGUCCAAAUAUUAAUGGAUCGAAAAAAUCUACACGGCAACGUCAUUCAUUCGACCCCAUUCAUGCCGAUACAAGUUGGCUUAAUCCACAAUAUCAUGAGAAUAUUGAAUCAGGAGGAACUUCGAAACUUUCAAAAGGACAGGAUAAUAAUGCGUCGCACCACCCUCAAUCGAUAACAAUGAAUAAUGAUGAAGGUGGAACACGAAAGCAACGUCCAACACAUCAUCCAUCAAAAAAUUUAGAAUCACACGAAUUACAGUGUUUAUUUGAGAUACUUGGAAAUAAUCGUGUGACUUUAGCAACAGCUGUUGUUCAAAUCUUCCAUGGAUAUAAUGGUACUUGGAGAAAACAAGCAUGUGGAGUAUUGUGUUUUGUAAAAGAUUAUGAUAAUCGAAAUUAUCAUUUUCGAUUAUAUGAUCUUAAAUCAAAACAAGCAAUCUAUGAAGAAGUAGUACCUGUAAUACUUCGGCUUGAAAAAGCAACGGAUGUUUUUUAUACAUUCGAUGGAUCUUAUUGUAAAAUUGGAAUAAAUUUUGUUGAUCAUGAUGAAGCACAAACAUUUUCUCAUGAUUUUGAUUCGAAACAAGGACAUCGACAAAAAAAGAAGAAAACAAAUGCAACAACAAAAGUAACACCACCAAACAUUCAACCACUUGUUUCAUCACCAGGUUUGGAUGUGGAUCAUAUAUAUACACCCACAUUCUACCCCACCUUUAAUACUCCACAAAAAAGCAGGCACCGCAAGAAAUCCAAGUUUUUUAACACUUAG